AUGGAGAGUAGAUGGCGACUAACUGUAUCUGUCGACACACCACACUUCCUGGCAAGUUCGCGAGUACUUGUGGACGGAUUUGACUCUACAGCUUCCUGCAGAACCUCAUCAAUAUCCACUAAUAGUCGUCUGGAGCCCUUCUUCCUUUUCAACGUCGUAUCUCUACUGCUAUAUUUUUUCAAACCAACGCUGCGCAGUAGCUACGGAGCUUUGGGAGGACUGAACCCUGCCCUCUACCGUAACCCGGGAGAACUGGAAGAAGAACUGCACUACCCUGAAGGACACCUCGGCCGACUCUGGUUCUAUCUCCGCUACGAAGCUGGGUGCGAGAAGCUACUCAUCACCUUGCUCAAGAUCAAGAACCUACCUAGCAGAACAGUCGGAACAGCGAACGCUUGCGAUCCAAUAGUCAGGUAA